UGCGCACGACACACCGCGUGUUGUGCAAUCGAUGGAGAACUCACUGCAGGGGGCUCAGCAACCAAAUGCGCUGCUUCCUCGGCUGCCCACGUACCUCGCGUCGUGGUCGCCGCCGCUUGCAGGUCCGCAGCUGGAGCAGCAGCAGACGUGCAAUAGUGCUGCGGCCCUGGGGCGCCCCCAGGACGUUCUGAGCUGCCCCCCGGCGGUGGUGGACUGGGCGUCGUCAUCCUGGCCGGGGUUGCACGUCGGGUCGACGCCGCAGCAGGUGAUGGCGGUCCUCCCCGCGGCUCGUGCGGCGGCGGGUGCGGGUGGUGAUGAGGCCAGUGGCACUGUGGCGGCAGCCGGGAGCAGCAACGGCGGUGGGAGUGGUACCACCGAUGGAGGGUGUAAUAAUAAUAAGGAGAUGAAAGCGAUACAGGGCAGCGGGAGGGGGAAGAAGAAGGCGAGCCGGCCGAAGUUCGCGUUCCAGACGAGGAGCGAGAACGACAUCCUCGACGACGGCUACCGGUGGAGGAAGUACGGCCAGAAGGCCGUCAAGGACAGCGCCUACCCCAGGAGCUACUACCGGUGCACGCAUCACACAUGCAACGUGAAGAAGCAGGUGCAGCGGCUGGCCAAGGACACGAGCAUUGUGGUGACCACGUACGAGGGAGUCCACAACCACCCCUGCGAGAAGCUCAUGGAGGCCCUCAGCCCCAUCGUCAAGCAGCUCCAGUUCCUCUCGCAGUUCCGGUAGAGUACCAAUCAACCCAUUUGAGUAUCUGACACCGGCAGCGUGUGAUCUGCCUGAACUAAUGCAAAUUUACUACCCAAGUGUACAAAGCAAGCUCAAAUAGCGAAGAGAAGAGAAAAGAACUGUCCUACGACCUCCUAGCUACGCAACAGCUGAUCUAUACAGAUGAUCUGUACGUACGUGUUCAUGCAUAUAU